UGUUACAAAAGUUGAUGCAGUUGUUUAAGUAUCCAUUGAAAUAUGUUGGCUUCACUAUUGAGUUAUUUUUGAACUUGGCUGGCGGCAAAUACAACAUUUUUCAGAUCAUUUUCAACUUUUUCCAAGGUUGUUAUUUUAAUUAAUUACUUUUUGCAUGCUUAUGUUUUAUAUAAUUAAUUGAUGUGCCAUGAAAUAUUUUCUUUCGGAUUAGUACUAUAAGGUUAUUAAUUACUUUUUCCAUGCUUAUGUUUCACAGCGUUUUUACAUUUGAUUCCUUUUAUAUUUGUUAGCUAGAUUUUGUUCAUAUAUGUCCAAUUUUUUAUUUUUUUUUAACAAAUCAUGUCCAAUUUUAAAUUUAUAAGUUGAGUUGAAAUUUUAAUUACAACAGAAACAAAAAUGGUUAGCUUUUGAUGUUUUUAUAUUGUGAAUAAGGAGCUAGUGUGGAUAAAAAUGUGUAAGGUAUUUGUCGAAAUUUAACAAACUCAAAUUAAAUUGCUUUUUCUUUUGUCUUUGCCUUCUUGUACCAAAAAAAAAAAACUCAAAUUAAAUUGAUCAAAUUUACUGGACUGAACUUUGUAAAUUUAACUUUGGUGGAAGGAUUUGGUGGGCUUAGGGAUGGUGAGAGGAGUGUCCGGAGAUUGAUUGCAUGACGCUUUUGAGAAACAUCUUGGUAAUGGGAGGGAUAUUAAGUUUUGGUUGGACACUUGAUGUGGUUCGGUUCCUCUCACGGAAGCUUUUCCUCGUCUUAAAUUAUCGCUUCAACCGGAAGAUACGAUCUAUGACAUGGGAGUGAGAACACUUGGGAGGGAUCUUGGGAGGGGUCUUGGCAAUUAAAAUGGAGAAGACCCUUUUUUGUUUUGGAGGAGAAAGUUUUCACUCGCCUUUGGACAUCCAUUGAGCUUGUCCAAAUUUAUAGUGACGAGCCUUCAAUUGGGUGUUUCGUUUUGAUAGUCAAAGUAUUUUUUCAGUUAAGGCGAUUACUCUUUUCUUCUUAAUAGACUAUCUCAUUAGUUUCCUCGGAACAAACUUUGGUGUUGUCUAAAGUUUGGGCUGGUUGGACGGCGUUGAAAGUUAUGGUGUUUUCUUGGAAAGUCUUAUUGGCUAGAAUUCCAACAAAGUCCAACUUAAUUGCAAGGGGGGGUGCCUCUCACGGGUGGUUCACCCUUUUGUGUUUUAUGUCGGGGUUGUGUUGAAUCGGAUUACCACCACUUCUUCCUCUUCUUCUUCUUCUUCUUGGGCAAUUUGGGUGGACAUGUAUAGAUGAUUUGGAGUCGUUGAAGUCUUCUCGGGUAAUAUUUUGGUUCUCUUGGAUAGCUUUUUAUCAUCCGCCAAUUGAGGUAAGGAGCUAGUGGAUACAAAUUCAGCAGAUUAUUUGUCAAUUAUGGGUCAUAUUGACAAUAGAGUGGAGUUGGACAAAAGCAUCCAACGUGAAGACCCAAAAUAUAAUGUUGCUUUGUCUAUGAUGGCUUCUAAAGCAGCUUACGAGAAUAAAGCUUUUAUACAAGAUACUGUUGAAAAUCAUUGGAAGAUGGAAAUUGUUGCAAGCGGUGACUACUGGAAUGAUUAUCAACAAAAAGCUACAACUGAAGCUUUUGUGCUCCUAGAUAAGAGUAAUAAAUAUGACACCUACAUAGUAACUUUCAGAGGAACUGAACUCUUUGAUGCUGAUCAAUGGUCUUAUGAUUUUGAUGUCUCGUGGUUAGAGCUUCCUGGUUUGGGAAAAACUCAUGCUGGUUUUAUGAAAGCCUUAGGUUUACAGAAAAGCAACAUUGGCUGGCCGAAAGAAAUUAAAACAAAUCCUAACCAUGCACCUGAAGCCUACUAUUUCAUUAGAGAUUUACUGAAGAAUCAUUUGAAUGAAAAUGAUAAAGCAAAGUUUAUUGUGACUGGUCACAGUCUAGGUGGAGCUUUGGCGAUUCUGUUUCCUGCAAUAUUGAUGUUGCAUGAGGAGACACUUCUUUUGGAGAGGCUUCAAGUGGUGUACACAUUUGGUCAACCAAGAGUUGGAGAUGGUAUAUUUGCGGAAUACAUGGAGAAGAAUUUGAAACAUAAUGGUAUUAAGUAUUAUAGGAUGGUUUACAGCUAUGAUAUUAUUCCUAGAUUUCCUCCUGAUAUCAAGGAUGACUUGUUUAAACACUUUGGGACAUGUCUUUAUUUUGACAGAAACUAUAAUGGAAAGAAAGUGCAAGAGGAGCCAAACAAGAACUACUUUUCUUUGUCAGCGAUAUCACCGAUGACACUGAAUGCUAUUUGUGAGCUCAUGAGGAGCUUCGCUAUGGUGUCUAGAUUUGGAUCAGAGUAUCAAGAGGGAUGGGUUUUAAGAAUAUUUCGAUUUGUAGGCUUAGUAUUUCCUGGAGCACCUAAUCACCUACCCCAAGAUUAUGUUAAUGCUACUCGAUUGGGAUCAAUUCCCUCCAAGGUGGAUUGAUGCUUGUAUUUUGUUAGUUGAAGUAACAAAAUACUCGUAGGGACGCACAUGUUGGUUAUCAUAUUAAGGUAGAGUUCUAAGUUUAUAAUAAAAUAUGGAUUGAAUUAAUAUUUGUAAAGAUUUUAUACGCCGUCAAUAAAUUGUAAUCUCCUGAUCAUUU